AGUAUGACACGGAGUUGGGGGGUACGCUAGUAGCCUGGUGGAGAGAGCACCUCGAUUAGGAAUACAAUUCCCAGAAUUCCGUGGCAAAUUGUACAUCUGACUGUUCGACCUUUUCUGGGUUUGGAAACAUGAAUCCUCACAUGCAGAUGAUGGGACAGACCAUGGCUCCACCGAAUCUGCAAGGUGGAUACUUUGGGCAGCCCCAGUAUCCUGAAGGAGAUCCCUUGUGGGCAUAUUUCCGAGCUGUGGCUGGACAGGAUGGUGAAAUAGAUGCUGAAGAACUACAGAGAUGCUUAACACAGGCUGGAAUCCAUGGCUCCUAUGCUCCUUUCAGCUUGGAGACGUGCCGAAUUAUGCUUGCCAUGUUAGAUAGGGAUCAUACUGGCAAGAUGGGAUUCAAUGAGUUCAAAGAACUGUGGGGGGCCUUGAAUGCCUGGAAGCAAAAUUUCUGUACAUUUGAUCAGGACAGAAGUGGAACAGUGGAGCCGCAUGAGUUAAAUCAAGCUAUCUUCGCAAUGGGUUACAGGUUAUCUCCUCCAACAUUGAACUCUAUUGUAAAACGUUACAGCAAAGAUGGCCGAAUUUUUUUUGAUGACUAUGUAGCUUGCUGUGUGAAGCUGCGUGCAUUAACAGAUGUGUUUAGGAGGAGAGACGGCAUGCAGCAAGGAUAUGUGCAUUUUAUAUAUGAUGAUUUUUUGCAGUGCAUCAUGACAAUCUGAAUCCUGUCCAGGCAAAUCGUGAAGAAUGGCAUUAUAACCCAACAUGAAGGAACUGAGCAUCAUAGCUGUGAAUUUGGGCCAUCAUCUUUCAUUUUGUAAAGCAUCUGCAGGUGCAUAAUAUUAGACUCUGGAUAUCCCUCACAUACACACACACACGCACUGCUAUUGUGUAUUGUUUGAAAAACAGCAGCCAACUCUUAACAUAGAAAAUUGUCGUUUAACCCUUUGCCAGUUCUCUGAUACAUACAGUUAAAGGAUCGAUUCUAUUGAAGGCCAGAAAGCUCCACAAUGCAGCAGCCACUUGUCCUUAAUGUAUAUUGCUUUGCUUCUCUAAUAAUAAGUGUGUCGUUGAUGUGAUGCUAAUUAUGUGAACAUAAAUCAAUGUUGGUGAAAAAUUGUUCUUUAAUGUUUUUGUAGUAGCUUUAAGGCACAGUGCUCCCAUUAUCGGAACUAUUAUUAUGGCUAAUAAAUCCCUUACAUUGACCAAUUUGCAGUCAGGCAGCCCUAGCUAACGGAAAGCAACAAUUUCAGUUUAUACAUGAUUUUGUUCAAUUUGGCUUAAAUCUUUGGCCGAAUCUCCAGUUGAGGAUUCUGUUUUUUUUUACAUACCUAUUUAUUUUGCUUCAUUGUGAGAAAUUGAUGUCCGUUAUCAGCUUGGUGUUCUAAACCUAUUGCGUUUAGUAGAACCUGCUGUUUAAUCACGUUGUGCUUUUUCACAAUUCUAGAAAUAUGGUAGUGAAUACAUGUAUGUGCAUAUUCUACUCUGAAAAACUAAGUGCUUGUGAGUUUAACAGCACAUUCAGGUCAUUUAAUAUUAAAGGGACAACACUGUUUUAAAAUGAGUGCUGUUCCCAGGGCCUUAAUUCCUUGCCACUAUUUUCAGGGCUAGGGCAGCCUUGGCUUCUAAGCCCCAGCUUGGGUAGGAUAAGGUAGAAUCCACUUUAUUUGGUGGGGUUGCCAAAGAGCUGAUUUUAUGCAGUCUGGCCAAAAAUAUCCAGGGCCCCUGGGAAAAACCUAAUGGGGUCCUAAAAAUACAAGUCUGGAGAGGACUGCAUUCAUUUGCAACAGGCAGGUUUUUUUUUAGCCAGCUGGGAAGGCCCCAUACAUGGGCUGUAUUGGCAGCUUUUAUCUGCCAUUGUGUGGCCACCUUAAGGCUAGGUAUCUGGGCUUCUGUAGCUUAGAAAGUACAGUGAUUGGAAUAAAGGUAUCAUUUUACAAUAAGUCAAUUUUAGAAUUGUAUUGGUAUGGCUUUAAGACACAGGGAUACACUUUGCAGUCGGGUGUUGCUCACCAUAUAAUCACUUUGAAUUGGUGGGGUUAGUAGAACGUCUCCUGUGUUGAGGCAGUAUCAUUUUUCAAUAGGUCAGAAGUGAACCGAGAAAUUGUUCCACCGUUUACCUUUAGAACCGAAAAUGUUUCCCAGUCUCUGCUACACAAACAAAACCUUCUGGGAAUGUUAAGGCUUCAUCAUGAUUCAUUAUCGUUCUUGUACUUGAUGUAUUUUGCCAUACAGUUUUUUUUUUUGUUUUUUUAAAUAAAGUAUUUCUACAGUUAACUGAUUGGCACCAUUGUUAUAAUGUCUUCUUUCUGCAACAAACACAAAUAAUAUUGCAAAUACUGAAUAAAUUCUUCUACAUUCAGUUA